GGGAUGGUAGGGCCCGCCUAAGUGGCCCAAUGAGCCCACCUCCCGCCACCAGCUGAGCCGAGCGGGCGAGGUGAGCAAUUCCUGCAGGCCAGGAAAAUGGCUGCGGCAAUGGUGCUGGCCGCCAGGUUCCGCGCGGUGCACAGAGCCCUUGCAGCCGCGGGGGCGCGAAGGUUGCAGGUCCGAGGAGCUGCAGGUAUGACUGACGGGAAUGAAGUGGCCAAGGCCCAGCAGGCAGCUCCUGGAGGAGCAUCCCCAACAAUCUUCUCUCGUAUCCUGGACAGAAGCCUCCCAGCUGACAUUCUACAUGAGGACCAGCAGUGUCUCGUGUUCCGUGAUGUGGCCCCACAGGCUCCUGUGCAUUUCCUGGUUAUUCCUAAGAAGCCCAUUCCUCGAAUUAGCCAGGCUGAGGAAGAAGAUCAGCAGCUUCUAGGACACCUCCUCCUUGUGGCCAAGAAGAUAGCAAAGGCUGAGGGUCUGGGAGAUGGGUACCGACUUGUGAUUAAUGAUGGAAAGCUGGGCGCACAAUCUGUAUAUCACCUGCACAUUCACGUGUUGGGAGGCCGACAGCUCCAGUGGCCUCCAGGUUGAACCUUCCAACUGAGCAAGGACCGCAGACCUGAAAGCCUGGAUGGGGAAGGGACACUGUGAUGUUAAUAAAUCUAUUCUUCUUCAA